AUCUCGUAAAAAAUAACGGGGGGGGGGGAAUCGUUUAUUGGCCUUAAUUUAAGGUGAGGUUAACAGUGUGGUUAAGUUUAAAAUCAGACUAUGAGAAGAGAAAUUUGAGAAAUAGGCGGGAUUUAGCCAUAACUAUGACUUUGUGGCUGUGGUAACUAGUGAGCCCAACGGAAAGAGAAAAGCCUUGGCUGUGAUGCCGCUGAAUGAUGGCUGCUUUUGGGAUCCUGAGUUACGAACACCGGCCACUGAAGCGGCCACGACUCGGACCUCCGGACGUUUAUCCUCAAGACCCAAAGCAAAAAGAGGAUGAAUUGACUGCGUUGAAUGUGAAGCAAGGAUUUAAUAAUCAACCGGCAGUGUCAGGGGAUGAACAUGGAAGUGCUAAAAAUGUCAACUUCAAUCCCUCAAAGAUUAGUUCAAAUUUCAGCAGCAUCAUUGCAGAGAAGCUGCGCUACAACACAUUUCCAGACACAGGCAAACGGAAGCCGCAGGUUAACCAGAAGGACAAUUUCUGGCUCGUUACUGCCAGGUCACAGAGCUCUAUCAACAACUGGUUUACAGAUUUGUCCGGAACUAAACCACUCACCCAGCUGGCCAAGAAGGUGCCGAUCUUUAGUAAAAAGGAGGAGGUUUUUGGCUACUUGGCCAAGUACACAGUACCUGUGAUGCGUUCAGCAUGGAUGAUCAAGAUGACCUGUGCGUAUCACGCCGCCAUUACAGAAACAAAAGUCAAGAAGCGGCACGUGAUUGACCCCUGCAUAGAAUGGACUCAGAUCAUCACAAAGUACCUGUGGGAACAGUUGCAGAAGGUGGCUGAGUUCUACCGCCAGUCUCCCAGCCAGGGCUGUGGCUCUCCUCUCCCGGCCACCUCGGCCGAGGUGGAUACGGCCAUGAAGCAGUGGGAGUACAACGAGAAGCUGGCCAUGUUCAUGUUCCAGGAUGGCAUGCUAGACAGACACGAGUUCCUCACGUGGGUGUUGGAAUGCUCCGAGAAGGUCCGACCCGGAGAGGACGAGCUUCUGAAGCUGCUACUGCCCCUCCUGCUACAGUACUUAGGGGAAUUUGUGCAGUCGGCUUACCUGUCCCGGAGGCUGGCCUAUUUCUGCACGCGACGCCUCAACCUGCUGCUAAGUGACGGGAGCCUGGGGCCCGGCGCCGGGGGACACCCGGCCCACAGCAUCCUGGCACAGCCAGGGAACGCCCUGCCCCCCACGCCCACCUCCCAGCCCGCAGGGGGCAAUCAGCCCCAGACCCCCUUUACAGACUUCUACAUCUGCCCUCAACACCGGCCCUUGGUGUUUGGGCUCAGCUGCAUGCUACAGAGUAUCAUGCUGUGCUGUCCCAGUGCCCUGGUGUGGCACUACUCUCUGACAGACAGCCGGAACAAGACUGGUUCCCCGCUGGACCUAUUGCCUAUCUCCCCCUCCAACCUGCCCAUGCCAGGGGGCAACGGCACCUUUACACAGCAGGUCCGUGCAAAGGUGCGAGAAAUAGAGGAGCAGGUCAAGGACCGAGGGCAGGCUGUGGAGUUCCGCUGGUCCUUUGAUAAAUGUCAGGAGACAACUGCUGGCUUCACCAUUGGGAGGGUCCUACACACCUUGGAGGUUCUAGACAACCACAGCUUUGAGAAGUCAGACUUCAGCAAUUCCCUGGAUUCCCUUUACAACCGCAUCUUUGGCUCGGGCCAGAGCAAAGACGGUCACGAGAUGUCCCCUGAUGACGACGCAGUGGUGACCUUACUGUGUGAGUGGGCGGUGUGCUGCAAGAGGUCUGGCCGCCACAGGGCCAUGGUGGUGGCCAAGCUACUGGAGAAGAGACAGGCAGAGAUCGAAGCUGAGAGGUGCGGUGAGUCAGAGGUGGUGGAUGAGAAAGGCUCGGUGUCAUCGGGCUCUCUCUCGGCGGCCACCCUGCCUGUGUUUCAGGACGUGCUCCUACAGUUCCUGGACACCCAGGCCCCCAUGCUCACUGAGCCGAGCAACGAGAGCGAGCGUGUGGAGUUCUCCAACCAGGUGCUGCUCUUCUGCGAGCUCAUCCGCCACGAUGUCUUCUCCCACAACAUCUACAUGUGCACGCUCAUCUCCCGCGGCGACCUGGCCUCUGACUCCCACCUGCCCCGCCCCCGUUCCCCUAGCGAUGAGCCCUCGGACGAAUCAGAGUGCAAGGAGGCUGGCAGCAGUGUCAAGAACGAGGACACUGGUCUCUCAGAGUCAAUGGAGAUUGAUCACAACUCGAGUACUAAUUUCGAUGAGAUGUUUUCUCCCCCCAUGCACUGUGAGUCAAAGGGCAGCCCCUCCCCCGAGAAGACUGCCCAGGAUCCUGCCUUUCCAUUGGUGUACGAGCAGCCCCGCCACAUCCAGUAUGCCACCCACUUCCCCAUCCCCCAGGAGGAGAGUGCCAGUCACGAGUGCAACCAGCGCCUGGUGGUGCUCUACGGCGUGGGAAGGCAGCGAGACGAAGCAAGGCACGCCAUCAAGAAAAUCACCAAAGACAUCUUGAAGGUGCUCAACCGCAAAAGCACAGCAGAGACCGGAGGAGAUGAAGGACAGAAGAGGAAGAGGAGUAAGCCUGAGGCCUUCCCCACAGCAGAGGACAUCUUCUCCAAAUUUCAGCCUCUCUCCCACUUUGACCAGCACCAGGUCACCUCUCAGGUGUCCAGGAAUGUUCUGGAACAGAUCACCAGCUUUGCCUUAGGGAUGUCCUAUCACCUGCCCCUGGUCCAGCACAUCCAGUUCAUAUUUGACCUCAUGGAGUACUCCCUCAACAUUAGUGGCCUCAUCGACUUUGCCAUUCAGCUGCUGAAUGAGCUGAGCCUGGUGGAGGCAGAGCUGCUGCUCAAGUCGUCCAGCCUGGUGGGCAGCUACACCACGGGCUUGUGUCUGUGCAUCGUGGCCGUGCUGCGGCGGUACCACUCCUGUCUCAUCCUCAACCCCGAGCAGACGGCGCAGGUCUUUGACGGGUUGCGCAUCGUGGUGAAGUCAGGGGUGAACCCUGCAGACUGCUCCUCAGCUGAGCGCUGCAUCCUGGCCUACCUGUAUGACCUCUAUACCUCCUGCAGUCACCUCAAGAGCAAGUUUGGAGAGAUCUUCAGUGAGUUCUGCUCCAAGGUAAAGAACUCCAUCUACUGUAACAUCGACCCGUCAGACUCCAAUAUGCUGUGGGACCCUGUGUUCAUGAUGGAGGCCAUCGCCAACCCGUCGGCCCACAACUUCAACCACAGCAUGGUGGGUAAGAUCCUCAACGACAGCCCCGCCAAUCGCUACAGUUUUGUCUGCAAUGUCCUCAUGGAUGUGUGCGUGGAUCACCGGGACCCCGAGAGAGUGAAUGACAUUGGGAUCCUGUGUGCGGAGCUGACUGCGUACUGUCGCUCUCUGAGUGCUGAGUGGCUGGGCGUCCUCAAGGCCCUCUGCUGCUCCUCCAACAACGGCAACUGUGGCUUCAAUGACCUGCUGUGCAACGUGGACGUCAGCGAUCUCUCCUUCCAUGACUCCCUGGCCACCUUCGUAGCCAUCCUCAUUGCCCGUCAGUGUCUUCUCCUGGAGGACCUGGUCCGCUGCGUAGCCAUCCCUUCCCUCCUCAACGCUGCCUGCAGUGAGCAGGACUCUGAGCCCGGAGCCCGUCUGACCUGCAGGAUUCUGCUGCACCUUUUCAAGACCCCCCAACGUAACCCCUGCCCCCAGGAUGGAGCCAAGACAGAUAAGUCUUCUGUUGGGAUCCGGUCGUCGUGUGAUCGCCACCUUCUGGCUGCCUCGCAGAACAGCAUAGUGGUCGGAGCUGUCUUUGCUGUCCUAAAGGCUGUCUUUAUGCUGGGCGAUGCUGAACUGAAGGGCUCGGGAUUCUCUCACCCCGCCGGCCUCGACGACAUUGCCGACGACGACACAGGUUCCAAGAAGUCGGGUGGCCACACAGUCUCUAUAGAAACGGCCAGCCUAGACAUGUACGCCAAGUAUGUGCUGAAGAGCAUCUGCCAACAGGAGUGGGUGGGCGAGCGCUGCCUCAAGUCCCUGUCGGAGGACAGCAGUGCCCUGCAGGACCCGGUGCUGGUCAACAUCCAGGCCCAGCGGCUGCUGCAGCUCAUCUGCUACCCUCACCGCCAGCUGGACAGUGAGGAGGGGGACAAUCCCCAGAGGCAGCGCAUCAAACGCAUCCUCCAGAACAUGGACCAGUGGACAAUGAGACAGUCGUCCCUGGAACUGCAGCUCAUGAUCAAGCAGAGUACUAACAACGAGCUGUACUCCCUAUUGGAGAACAUCGCCAAGGUCACCAUAGAGGUGUUCCAGAUGUCAGCGGAGAUGAACUCCAGCAACCCCUCAGGAAACAGCUCAGCCGGCGCCGGAAGUUCUGCCUCCAACAGCAACAACAUUAGCAAGACAAAACCAGUGUUGAGUUCGUCAGAGCGGUCAGGUGUGUGGCUGGUGGCGCCACUGAUUGCCAAGCUGCCCACCUCAGUCCAGGGCCACGUCCUGAAGGCGGCAGGGGAGGAGCUGGAGAAGGGCCAGCAUCUGGGAUCCUCCUCACGCAAGGAGAGGGACCGGCAGAAACAGAAAAGCAUGUCUCUGCUGAGCCAGCAGCCUUUCCUAUCUCUGGUGCUGACCUGUCUAAAAGGCCAGGACGAACAGCGAGAGGGCCUCCUCACCUCCCUCUACAGCCAGGUGCAGCAGAUUGUAACAAACUGGCGGGAGGACCAGUACCAGGACGACUGCAAGGCCAAGCAGAUGAUGCACGAGGCACUGAAGCUGCGGCUCAAUCUGGUAGGUGGGAUGUUUGACACGGUACAACGCAGCACGCAGCAGACCACCGAGUGGGCCGUGCUACUCCUCGACAUCAUCAGCAGCGGUACGGUGGACAUGAAGUCCAACAAUGAGCUCUUCACUACGGUGCUGGACAUGCUGAGUGUGCUGAUUAAUGGCACGCUGGCAGCUGACAUGUCCAGCAUCUCUCAGGGCAGCAUGGAGGAGAACAAAAGGGCUUACAUGAACCUGGUAAAGAAGCUCCGGAAAGAGCUGGGUGACCGGCAGUCGGAGAGUCUGGAGAAGGUGCGGCAGCUGCUCCCUCUGCCCAAGCAGACUCGUGAUGUCAUCACGUGUGAACCUCAGGGCUCGCUCAUCGACACCAAGGGCAACAAGAUUGCCGGCUUUGAGAAGGAGGGCCUCCAAGUGUCCAACAAGCAGAAGAUCUCGCCGUGGGACGUGUUCGAGGGCCUCAAGCACUCUGCACCUCUCUCUUGGGGCUGGUUCGGGACGGUGCGCGUGGACCGUAAGGUGACCAAGUUCGAGGAGCAGCAGCGCUUCCUCCUCUACCACACCCACCUGAAGCCCAAGCCGCGCAGCUACUACCUGGAACCCCUCCCCCUGCCCCCUGAGGAGGAGGAGCCGCCCACACCCGUGCCCCAGGAUCUCGAGAAGAAGAUGGUGGAGGCGUUGAAGCCGGAGAAGAGCGUCCCUGUGGUGUCGUCCGACGUGACCAAGAAGAAGCCCAAGAAGAAGAAGACACCAUCCACCAGCAAAACUGAGGACUAUGUGACCCGUACCCAGGGUGGAGUGCAGUAUGGGACGGGUUUGCCCCCAGAGAUCCUCAUGGGCCAGCAAACUCACCCCUACAACAGGUUAGGUGACAGCCAGCAGGCCAUGGGCAUGUAUGCCCAGAACCAGCCUCUGCCUCCAGGGGGCCCUGGUUUGGACACCCCGUACCGACCAGCCCGGAACCCUCAGAUGGGCAAGAUGAUGCCCACGCGGCCCAACUACCCGGGCGUGAUGCCAGGUGGCAUGCCAGGCAUGAUGGGCAUGGAGAAGCAGUACCCUAUGGGCUAUAAGCCCCAGCCCAACAUACCGCAGGGCCAGAUCCUGCGCCAGCAUCUGCAGGUCAGACUGAACCAGAGUAUUAUUGGACAACAGAUGCGACAGAUGACGCCCAACCAACAAUACGGCUCCAUGCAGCCAACUCAGAACAUCUCCCAGGGCUAUACCACGUACGGCUCCCACAUGGGGAUGCAGCCGCAUCCCUCCCAGGUGGGUGGUAUAGCCCCUCCGUCGUACGGGAACCAGGGUUUCCAGGGAAGCCACCCGGGGGCCAACCUGGGCGUGGUGGACUCUCUGAGGCAGAUGGUACAGAGGCCCAGCGGCUACGUUCACCAGCAGGCACCGGGUUACUCGCACACCAUGCAAAACACACAGAGGUUUCCCCACCAGUCCAUCCAUCAGGCUCCCGUCAUGCAGGGCCUGAGCCACAUGGGUGCGCAGGGGGUCCACCCGGGAAUGAGACCAAACCAGAUGCUUGCUGAGCAGCAGCAGGCCCAGCAGCAACAAGCACAGCAGCAACAGCAGCAGUACCUCAGACAGCAGGCACUCCGAGCCCAGCAGCAGGCUCAGCAGCAAGCUCAACAACAACAACAGGUUCAACAACAGCAAGUUCAACAACAACAUCAGGUCCAGCCCCAACAAGUUCAGCAACAACAACAACAACAACAGCAGCAAGUAGCGUCAGCACCGCCCUCCGGUGCCCAGGCUCAGAACCAGGCCCUGGGCAUGCAGCCCAUGCCCCCACAGCAACCCAUGUUCCCACGACAGGGGAUGCAGCAGACUCAGAUGCAGCAGACUCAACAGCAGCAGCAGACUGCAGCACUGGUCAGGCAGCUCCAACAACAACUCUCAAAUACACAACCUGGACAGAACACCAACUCAUAUUACUGAUAGUGCUUGUUGUAUAUUAGUGUGUGUGGAAGGAUAGGGAUACCCUGUGUAUGGGAGUGUUCCCAGCCAGCCCAUAGAUUGGCAGAUGUGUCCAAUGCCCAGCAGGCCCCUGUUUUAGAGGUGUAGGCUCUUAGGAGGGAAAUGCUGCUAUUGGCCAAGAAGGACGACGAGACGGAUGAACCCACAACUCAACCACAGAGGCCCAACAUGCCAUUCGAAAACCUUCUCAACUUCAGUCAUUGUAAUUUCUGAAAAUCCAAGGAUGGAUUGUGCUGUGAAAUAUUAUGAUCCUAAAGAAUAAUGGAAGAGUCUAUGUAAAAAAAAAAGUACAAGAAAUUAUAAGAAUGCAAUUUUUUUUCUGUUUUUUUUUUCAGUUUGUCAAAUUUGUCAGUUUAGUGUGUUUCUCAUUAAAAUAUCAUGUCAGUUUUUGUCUUGUAUUAGUGUCUGGUGCAGUCUUCAUCUUGAUGAAGAUGUCUGAUAAGGGUCAAUGUGACAAUCAGGUUGUUAAUAAUCAGGAUAUUAUUCAUGAUA